AUGUGCGCAUAUACAACUCCACCUAAUAGCACGUCAAUAGAUCCUGGUGUACUGGGUGUUGCUGCAUCGUUUUCUGGCACUGAUGUGGUCUUGUUAGGGUCAUCAGCACGUGCACCCGUCCAGCUUUCUAUACCUUCUUGGAGGACUACAAAGGGCUGCGACUACAUCGGACCACGUGCAACUAGACUUCCUCACGCCGGUCUACAUAUCAACCAGUCAUCCCGAAGGAACCUCACGCCUACGUGGAAGUCAGCCAGCAUCGCCUAUUGGAGGGAACUGCCUUCUUUUUGUUGCUUCCUGCCUUUCUCAACCAUUAUCAACGCAUCGGACAAACAACAGUCGACUCGCGUGACGUCACCCUUUGUCUACGUGUAUGCAGCUACCUGUGCUCUUCACUCAAGUGACCAUACGUGCGUGUGCGAACAGUCGCGCGAGGCUGCGGCUGACUACGAAGCGAGGAGCGUAUCGCCGCUUACAUCACUACCGUCACCGAGCUUCCUUGACUGCAACACCAAUCGACUCGACAGGUUUCAAUACCUAGAGCAGAUAAGACAACAUUUCUGGAAACGUUGGGCUAACGAAUACAUUGCGGAAUUGCAACAACGUUCAAAGUGGCGUACUCAAUCAAGACACUUGAAGAUCGACGAUCUUGUCCUUGUAAAGGAGGACAAUACACCUCCAUUAUGUUGGCGCCUCGGUCGAGUCAAUAGGUUGUAUCCUGGCCCUGAUGAUGUCCCUCGUGUCGCUGACGUCGUGACUUCUCAUGGAACCGUUCGAAGAGCACUCAAUCGCCUAUGCCUUCUUCCCUCCCCGGAAGAAGACCUAUCUUGAAGGAUGUCUCCUUCAAGGCCCCGGAGGAUGUCUGCGCCAAACUUCACGCACCUGGCGGAGCGGCGCGGGAACGUCAUUCAAUUACUCAUUCUUGUCAUUGUACUCAUUCUAUUCAUUCUAUUCAUACCUUUCAUUCUCGCACUCACGCGCUAACAUGUAACACCAAUAAUCUAACUUUCAAUAAAAACGCAUCUAACCUAAUUGCAAGCAGUUUUUUAUUUCUUGU